CUUCGGCUCGCCCUUCUUCGGCUUCUACAGCCCAUGCCAGUGGUGCGCCUCUGACUGGCGACGGAGCUUCGGCGACCACCGCCGCCACCGCGCAUGCUUCUCAACCUGGAAGCUCAUCGGCGACGAGUGAUGUCGAUGGUAGAGAUGGGCCAGACAAGGGCAAGGAGAGCGCGAUUGGUUUGCCGGUGGCCAAGGGUCUGCGUCCUGUGAGGGCGUCGAACGUCCCGGAGCGGAUCCUGUUUCUUGUGGAUGCGCACUCGGAGAUGGACGGGAUGGAGUUUGUGUCAAAGCAGGCGUCUACAACCAACCAAGAGUCGUACAUGACGCGGCUUGAUUGCGCCAAGCGGGUGAUCUCCAACUUUGUGGUGGCCAAGGCCGGGCUCUCGCCGCUGCACCAGUUUGGACUCGGCAUCCUGACCGAGACCGCGCAGCUGCACACGCCGUUCACCUCGGACGUGCAGGCCUUCCACAAUGCGCUCUCGGCGGUCCGCACGCUGGGCAACUUUCGCUCUCUUGACAUCGGUUCUGUCUUUGCGCUCGCCGCCUCGCUCGGCCUCCUUGACGACGCCGACGACCUGGCGGCGCAGACGCCCGACUCGCCCGACCCGCCACACGUCCUCCGAGUGAUCCUCGUCUACGCGCGCUCGGCCAUUGUCCCCCACGUCUCGCCCGAGCACGCAGCGCUGCGGACGGCGCUCCUUGCGCAUCCGCACUUUUUCCACGACGUUCUUUACCUCCAUGAGAAGCCAUCGGCCGAGAACGACCCGCAGAGCGUAUUCAACUUUCUUACCUCUGUCGAAGUCGCCUCACCCGAGUCGUAUUUUCUGGAGGACUCGACCAACUUUCGCCGCCUCGUUCUCCACACCACCAUGCUCGUCGCCCAUCCGCUGCAGCGGCAGCCGUACACCGAGCUUGUCCCAUUUGCGCCCAAAAAGAAGCGCAAGGGCCACUGA